UAAAACCGCAUGGUCUAAUAAACGAGUAAAUUGAGUGUCUGUUAAUCAGUUAAGUGUUAAGACAUACCUGAAUUCAAAACAAAUAGAUUAUGGUACUUUGUACCCUAUGAAAAUGGGUCAUAUCCGGUAUUAAGUCAUAUCGGUAAUUUUGUCGCGUUUACAAGUAUGGAAUUCGUUGACACACAUUUUCACGUUUGGGCUCUGGAGAAGUUCUCGUAUCCAUGGCCUACUCCAGACAUGAGGAUAUACAAGGACUAUUACCCUUGCGGGAUAGAGAGCGGCAUAGAAGGUACAUCAGUCAAACACGCGAUUUUCGUGCAAUGUCUAAAUGGCAGUGUCGAGGAGGCUGAAUGGGUAAUGGACAUGGCAACACGUCACAGCAUUAUCAAAGGAGUCGUUGCUGGUCUUGACAUAACGAGUCCGAAGUUAGAAGAGGUGAUACAGAUGUUAAAACCAAAGGGACUGUUGAAGGGCGUCCGACAUAUUUUAGAUAUGGAAAAGGAAGACUGGAUAACGCGCGAUGACGUCAGCAAAGGGCUAGACACACUCGGCAAACAUGACAUUUCAUAUGAUCUUCUUGUCAGACCACAUCAUUUGAAGUACAUCCCUGACGUCGUCGCUAAACACAGCAAUACUAGAUUCAUAAUUAAUCAUAUAGCAAAACCCCCCGUGAUGUCUGGAAAGUUGGAAGGCUGGGACGAUGACAUGGCGGCAAUUGCAAAGUUCCCGAAUGUUUAUUGUAAAAUAUCUGGUCUAAUUUCUGAACAGCAACCAGAAACAUGGAAGCAGAUAAAUUUUCAGCCUUAUAUAGACCACGUUGUGAAGAUAUUUGGAGCAGAUCGAUGUAUAUUUGGUUCCGACUGGCCGGUAUUUGAGAUGGCUGGCGCAACUUAUAAUGAAAACUUCACACUUAUACGCAGUCUUCUGUCCAAGUUAAAUGAUGCGGACCAACUUAAAGUAUUCCGGGAAAAUGCAAUAAAGUUUUACAACCUUGACGUUUAACAAGCGUUCACGUAUUUUAUUGGAAUAUUUUAUUAAAAGAUCUCGCUGUCAAAACACUUACAACCAAAAAACAAAGUUAUAAAAUACAUAUGUGGCUUUUAUAGUCUGAUUUUAUUGACCUGUAUUAUAGCAUUCAUUUAAAUAUUUCGACCCUACUUUGGUUUUGUCUGUGCAGUUUACGAGAAUUAAUGUUUUACAAAGUCACACCAGUUUAAUUUAAUGUAUUCGUCACAUCCAGAAAUCAAAUUAAAUCACAUCUAACUGCGUACAUCUAUCACACUUACUGAAAAUCUAUCGAAGAUAACUAUAAUAUAGUAUAUUAAUUGAUAGAAUAGAAAUUGAUAUCUUUUUUCAGUGUCUGAGAUAAAUGGUCAUUUGCUAUACAUGUAUUAUAAAACGUGUUUCAUUCACGUUACAUCAAAGUUGGGUAAUUAUUUGUGCAAUGACAUUUAUCUGGAAGUAGCUUUCCAAUUUUUAUUCACUCAUGACAUCAAACAUGUUCAUGUAUAUAUUAUUUGUUACUUUUUAGAAUUAUUAUAAAUGUAGUUGUUAUAAUCAGAUAAAGCAAUAUAUAUUCAUAUAA